AUGACACGCAGCAAGAUUCACGUGAAACAAGAGCAGCUUCGGAAACGCCGCAAGAAUCUCCUACGCCGCCACAAUGACUUCUGGCGUCUAUACUCAAUUAAGAGUUGGGUGGUCAUGGAAAUGCCGAAUGGCCGAGUCUACUCAUAUCGCUCCCACCCAGAACUUCCUCCGCCAUCUGUAGACUAUUCGACAAACCAAUCCCAGCCUACGAAUCAUAAGACCCCAGCAGACUAUGAUCAGUCGAUGCAACUUAGUGCGGAGAUGAAGAAGGCUCUGAGCGAGGCUCUUAAGACACAAGAUGCUAUCCAGCGUCUCACCGACACUGAGAAAGAGCUUUGCUAUAUUUAUCCGUUUAUCUAUAAUGGUACUGUACAAGAACACUUGAUGGUCAAUGUACUCUAG